AGUUUUCAAAAAAAAUGUUGUCGAUUUUUCGUGAAUAUUUCAACAAAUUUGAAUGAGUCUGUGUGAAUAAUAUGGAGAAGAAAUAUUUACCCAAAAAGAAGGGGCAGGCCUCUGAAGGCAGUAACAGACCAGCUUCAAAAAAAGCUGAAAAACAAGAGAAUACUUCCAGACCCAGUUCCGGGUCCUCACAGUCAAAAUCUAAAAAGGAUGUGCCAGGGCCCCCAGUUGACAUGCCUCCACCACCACCCCCUGUUUCUUCCAUGGGGAAGAGGAAAGGUCCCCCUGAACUGCCCCCACCCCCACCCCCACCACCAUCGGGCUUAGCGAACUUUUCAUCUGUACCAGCACGGCAAGGUGGAUCCGAUCAACAACAACAACAACGACCAGCAAUUUUAGCUCAUCCUGUAAUGCAGUCAAGGGCUCCCAAAACAAUUCCCAAGGUUACAUCAAACGACCUUUCAUUCGGGAAAGCUAAGCUGAGAAAGGCAAAUAAAGUCAAGAAAUUAGAGGAUGUUGAGCGCACAGAGAUGUUUGACAGUAUCCAGCAGUACAACUACAUGCCUCUUCUCAACUCAAGGGAGUACAUUCGCACAAGAACCAAUUUUGCAGAGGUGACGGCAUUGAGUUUUGAUGGCAUAGAACAAAUGUCUGAUGCAUUCCUGUUCAGCUUGUACCACUGUCAGCUUUCUAUUGAAACCGUGAACUGGAUAUCACUUACAGGAUGUUAUAAUGUGACAGAUGAAGGAAUAUACUGGGUGUCAAAGACUUUCAGUAAACUCAAAUCUAUCGCCAUGGCAGGAUGUAGAAAGGUCACUGAGAGGUCACUGCACCACCUAUUUACCUCACUGCCAUUGCUCCAAGUGGUACUUGCAUCAGGGACGAACAUCGCUUAUGUCCCUCAAGAUGGUAGAGUCCACAUUGGUGAUAACGCAAAGACAAAACCACGGGGAAUCAAAACAACAAAGGAGCAGAAAAAAGAGGUGACGGAUGUGUAUGUACAUGGCUGUCCCAUUAUGUCACCAUGGAUCAAGGGGCUUUCUCUGCAAGAAGUUGAAAGUUUGACCCAAACAGAAACAACAACAGCCACAGUCCCCUACAGGAAGUUAGUGAUCCUGGCUCCUAGUGACCUCCCUUGGAGCCCCCUUGCCUUGCUCACAGGGGACAAGGAUGUGACUCCAAAAAUGGGCCUGCAGUUCAAAAAGGGAUGGAACCCUUAUGAGGCACACAAGAUUGAGAAGCAUGAAUCUGGGGUGGAAAUAUUCAACAUUCUACAGGUCACCCCUGAAGAAGGUUUUCUCGAGCUUGUUGUAUCACAGGGCAGCCUCAUUGUCAUACCCUACCAUCUCCAUGGUAACCUGGAACUGCCGGUCACCAUCGCCCAGAUAACAAAUAUGAUAACGGCUGUUAUCACAAAGGCAUGUUGUCUAUAA